UUCAAGGGGGCCGAAUACUUUCGCAAGGCACUGUAGCUCAGAACGAGACAAGAAGAAAAUUGAAUGGGGGAAAAUUAAAUGUGUUUUCCUGAACUGAAGAAAGACAGAAAGGUAAUGACUCCAGAAGCCACAAUUAUUCAUCUUUUGUGUAAGCACUUGACUGCAGUGUGUCUGUCUUAGUGUGUGAAUAUGUGUAUGUUUGUGACCUGUGGCCUGCGUAGUCUGUGUGUUGUGCUAGUGAGGUAAGGUUUAGGCAACAGUGUAAUGGAGGGAGAGGAGAGGAAAUGGGGCCCUGGGCGUCUGACUAAUCUCCAGAAUGAGCUUAGCUGGGCACUGCUGGGCUCUGGACUGUCCCGGGAGGUCCUGGUCCAAGCACUGGAAGAACUGGAGCAAGAGAGGGUCACCCCUGGAGCAGAGAAGGGGGACAGGGGAGAUGGAGAGAGUUCGGAGGAGGGAGAAAUGGAUUUUCCACCACCAAUAUUCCAGGAGCUGGAGGCACUACCCUCAGAGGAGGCAGCCAGACAGAGGGCUCUGGUCGACCAACUUCUGCAGAAGGAUCCAUGGCAUGUGGCAAAACUGGUGAAGAGCUACAUGCAGCAGCAUAACCUCCCCCAGAGAGAGGUGGUUGAGUCCACAGGCCUCAACCAGUCCCAUCUCUCCCAACACCUCAACAAAGGCACACCCAUGAAGAACCAGAAACGGGCUGCUCUAUACAGCUGGUAUGUCAGGAAGCAGGGCAAGAUUAGCCAGCGUCACCAGGCUGCUCGUUAUGUUACCAUGUUCCACGCACCUGCGCGUCAUCAGACUCACCUGGACUCCAUCACUUCCCUGAUUACCUUCCCUAUAUAUGUCACUCCCUUUGGUUUCUUCCCUAGGUGUUAUUGUUUCAGUUUCCUGUCUGUCUUACAGAUCAGAGACCCAUGA